CUCGGACGAAGUAUAGUGUCCGGAUGGUAAAUUGUGCACUAAGCUUGGGUGCCGAGGCAACCGGUUUCCGACUAUCGAGAAGCCAAUGGGCCGCCGGUACUGUUAGCGGUUUGACACAUAUUGGACCAGGCGUUAAUGGGCGGACCUCGCCACUCACAUCCACCAAUGCUGAAGCCACCUUGGCGUCAGACCACCCUGCAAACCCGUGGAUAGGCAAUGAUCAGUUCCUUAAUUACUAUUUUUUAACUCCCUGUAUAGCCUAGAGACUCUUUCUGCAUAAUAAAACUCAUCUAGC